CCUUUGUUGAGCAUUUUGGUGAUAAAUCUGACUCGAAGUUCACAUGAAGUUUGCGUCGCUCGAAAGUCACAGGAGGGGGGAAAGAUGAGUGUCGAUGGCUGCUCACACUUAAGUAGUUUCAAGGCAGCCAAAGGGACCGAACCUUUCCGUUUCAUUCAUUCCUAUUUUAUCGCCUGCACCACAGCUGACACAAGACGACAGAAGGCCAAGUCCUGUCUUUGCCACACAUGCAGGAAGCACUGUGUACGUCUCCAUGCCUGUCUGUUCUGUGUCUACUUUGGCUGCUACAGUGAUCGACAUAUCCAUGACCAUGCCAGGAGCAAGAAACACAACCUUGCUAUUGACAUGGUGUAUGGAGCCAUCUACUGUUUCUCCUGCCAUGACUACGUGUAUGACCGAGAACUAGAGCUGUUGGCUUAUGGACUGGGGCGGAAAUCGGCAUCCUCGCUUGGCCUGAAAGGGUCACUGACUCCAUGGGACCCAUCAGAAGAAGAGGUUGCUCUUCUGAAACUGAACCCCAAACGAAGGAAAGUUGAAGAGAGAUCAACCAUAGGCCUUCGAGGUUUGAUCAAUCUGGGCAACACCUGCUUCAUGAACUGCAUUGUCCAGGCCCUUACUCACACACCCAUCCUCCGUGACUACUUCCUGUCAGACCAGCACAACUGUCAGACAUCCAGCAACUCCAAGCAGUGCCUCGUCUGUGAGAUGUCACGUCUGUUUCAGGAGUUCUACUCAGGGGUUCGCACACCUCACAUCCCGUAUCGACUGCUGCACUUGGUGUGGACCAAUGCUCGGCAUCUAGCUGGCUAUGAACAACAGGAUGCUCACGAGUUCCUCAUAGCUGCUCUAGAUGUUCUACAUAGACAUUGCAAGGGUACCAAUGGCCUCAACUCUAACAAUCCGCAUCACUGUAACUGUAUCAUUGACCAAAUUUUCACCGGGGGCCUGCAGUCAGAUGUCACCUGCAAAGAGUGCAAUAAUGUUUCCACAACGAUUGACCCUAUAUGGGACAUCUCACUAGACUUGGGUCCAGGGCCCCCUUCCUCCAACAACAACAACUCUCACCUCUCUAUUGAAUCAGGCUACACUAACAGUCCAGGGACAUAUGAACCUACCUCAUUGAUUGAGUGCUUGAAAAGGUUUACCAAGCCUGAGCACUUGGGCAGUUCAGCCAAGAUCAAGUGUAGCAAGUGUCACAGCUACCAAGAGUCCACCAAACAGUUGACAAUGAAGAAACUGCCAGUGGUGGCAUGCUUCCAUCUCAAGAGAUUUGAGCAUUCCACAGGCUACCAUAAGAAGAUCUCAACAUUUGUAUCAUUCCCAGAAGAGCUAGACAUGACACCCUUCAUGUCAUCUUCGAGAAACAACAACAAUGGCUACUCAAAUCAAAUUGUGCAGGUCUCUGCCAAAGGUCUUUCAUGUGAAAACAAAUACUCUUUGUUCUCUGUGGUGAAUCACAGUGGUACUAUAGAAACUGGUCACUACACAUGCUACAUCCGCCUCCACAAGGACCAGUGGUUCAAGUGUGAAGAUCACAUGAUCACAAAGGCGUCACCAGAAGAAGUUCUCAAUAGUGAAGGGUACCUCUUGUUCUACCACAAGCAGAUCCUAGAGUAUGAAUGACAUACGUGGCUCUUAGGAAAUGUUUAAUUUGUCAACUACUUGCUCAACUGUUGUAAAUCAGGUGAAAUCAAACGGAUGCACUACACCUUGCCUGUCGCUGCCUCAUCAUUUUGCCCAGCCAUGAUUAACCCUUACCCUCAAUUUCCAUGGCUGUACUUGGACUUUAAGUUGGUUGCACCAUGGACUGAAACAUCGGUUGCACCUUAGACUGAAACACCAAGGGUUGUACUUAGGGACGCACCUUGAAUUGCACCGAUGUCCUAACCAGCAAUGUGACAAGACUGUAAAACCAGUGAACUGGUGGAACACUAUUGAAAUGAUGGAAAGCUGGUUAUGGAAAGCUGGUGAAACUACAGACAUAUUGCCAUAAUUACCACUGACUUCCUGCUGUUGGCAAGGACAAUUAUGAUACUGCGAUCAAAAGUCACAAUGGGUAAAGGGUUACUGUGCCAAUGUACAACCACAAUCACUCUACCCCACCCUAGUAUUCCACCCGUGUUGAGCUGCAUCUGUAUCAGACAAGUCUGAUAUACGGGUACUCAGAUGACUGGCCAACACCUCAAGGCAGCCAUCUUCCCCCGAUGGCUUAGCAAAGGUGGGAGAGGACCUAUAAGGGUAUUAUUAUGUAUGAUGUGUAGAUUAGCUACUCAAGCGACAAGGCGUGGCGUCUAUCGUCUGUACAUAUCAUGAGAGUACUUCUACUUCGGUGUGAACAAUACAUGUGUAUUGUCAAGUAGCUGUGUUACAAUGCCAAAGAUUAUUUUGUUACAUUAUGUUGUGAUACGCUUCUUGAUUGAAUGUGAAGCUAAGUUUGAGCCGUCAAAACUGCACCUUGACUCGUGCUGAAGUCUUUCAGUCAGUUUCUACAUUUACAACAUCGUUUUCAUUGUCGACAACAAUGACUGGAAAAUAGUGCUUCAAGGGUUGAUCAGCAAGCUAAAACUGGCCCCACAAAAUCAAAAUCAGUGCUGCCCUUCAAUUUUGAGUUGGUCUGUUUGGUUUAAUUGUAACAUACUAUUUAUUGUCCUUUGAAUGUCAGGAAAAUUAAGAACUACUUAAGUAUAUCACUGCCAUUCUCACCUGGUGUGAGCUUUUUUAUGUAUUUAUCAAACGCAUCUUUUGAUUGAUUACAUUUUGGGUGUGAAAAUCAUAUUUCUUGAAUACAUAGCAAAGCUUUAGAAUUAAAGCAAGAUACCAAGUUCAUUGAUCACAUGCUUUGUAGUGGUUUUGGUUUUAAUCGUUGGUCAAGUUUAAAUAUCAAGACGGAGGGUGAUUGUUUCCAUAUGGUCCUGAUUCUUGUUCAUCUGUAAUAAGUUGUUAUUUUCAAAGCACAUUUAAUGUUUUUUGCUCUUGCACCUGGUACUGUUCAGUUUACUGAUCGUUACAUGGUAUUUCUUGUUUGUUCAUUUUUUAAAUUUAUUUUCAAGAUCAAUAGUUCUGUAUAGUUUUGGUACAUGGAAACUGCGGAACAGCUUAUAAGUAGUAAUGAUGCAUGUGACUUGGCAUGUAACAAAAUAAUGAUGGUAAACAACUCAAAAUAAUUAGUCACCCUUAGGUUAUGUCGCUAUCAGGUCACACAGAAAAAUUCUCUCAGCUCCCUAUUAUAAAAGAAUUGAAAUUUGUUUUGGUCACAAUGUGUCUUUGUAUUAUUUAAUACAUUUAAGACAAUGCGGGGAUAAUUUAACAGUAAGGUAGAAUGGUCUCAUUUUGAAAUAUAGUGACUUCAUGUACAAUCAUAUUUAAAGAGUUAGUAUAUAAGUUCCUUUAUGGUUUGAAAUAAUUACUUGUGUGAUAUAAGAAUGUAUCCCUGAAUGUUUUAUUGGAAACAUUUCCUGUUAAACCAUG